CCGGUUGUCAGUCGGCUGAGUGUCCUGUUGGACACAGAAUAAGUAUUUUACAUACCUCGUUUUGCAUGCAGUAUAAAUUUAACCGUUAAAAAAAUUUGGAGUAAUAAUUUAUUAACAUAAUGUUCUUGAGGGAAAGUGUUUUUCUAAGCUUUCUCCUGGUCGGAGUUUUGGUGGUGGGGAUUCAUGGACAAAAAUUUAGUCAGGGUGACGACGACGCGGUGAUAAUUGAUGCUGAGAUAAACGUGGCCGUGAAGCCGAGAGGAGGAGGACGCCAAUUUGGAGGGUACGAAUCAUCUUGGCCAGUACGAGUGGGUAUUCUUAUGGAGGAAAAAAUGGGGUUGCCUCCGCCGAUAAUGACAUGUUCCACGGGGGACGGGAAGGAGGGGAAAUGUGUCCCCUUCGAGGAAUGCUUUCCCCUCCGACAUAUCGUCUCAGAUCCGGAAAGGAACACUCUCAAUGAGGAGAUUCGACGUGGAAUGGAGCACAAGAAUUGUUCCGCGGUGGUCCAUGCGGGGACAUCAAACUAUCGAAACAUUUGCUGUCCAACUAUCCCGCACCACACGGUUCACAAGCCACCGACAACGCCUGGAAUGUCCGUACCGGUGGAGGACGGCAGUGACUUUUUUAGGGCGUCAUCACCCUCCUCCUGCGGAAGGAGUCAAACCGCUAGUACAAAAAUUGUUAAUGGAACGAACACAAUUCCGGGGGAAUUUCCAUGGAUGGUCGUCAUGUUCGGAAAAUCUGGAAAACAGACGUGUGGAGGCAGCCUGAUUUCCAGCAAUAUGGUUUUGACAGCGGCACACUGCAUUCACAACUAUGUGGCGACGGACGUGUCAAAAAUCCGUUUAUUCAUCGGAGACUACAAUAUCCGUUCGAAUACGGACGGAAGUCAUGAAGUUCGUGGCGUGAAGCGAUUAAUAAAGCACAAGUUCUUUAACAUUCAGUCCUUCGUGAAUGACAUUGCGCUUCUCCGCCUGGACAGACCUGUCUCCUUCAGUAAUCGAAUCCAACCCAUCUGCCUGCCUCCAGAGACGAGGAGUAAUCUCGUGAAUAAAAAGUUGGUCGUGGCUGGAUGGGGGAGGGUCUCGUAUGGAGGGCCGACGUCGCCUAUUUUGCAAAAAGUGAAUGUCCGAGUUUGGCCGAAUUCGAAUUGUGCCUCAGUUUACAAGGGAAUUGCGCCUGGUGGGAUAUUAUCAACCAUGAUUUGCGCUGGAGACAAGGGAUUGGAUUCCUGCGUAGGAGACUCGGGAGGUCCCUUAAUGCAUAAGACGGAUACCGGAAUUUUUGAACAAACAGGCAUCGUCAGUUUCGGGAAGGGCUGCGGAACGCAUCCCGGGGUUUACACACGAGUGACAGAAUUUUUGCCUUGGAUUGCUUCCAAUAUUAAUAAGUAAAAUUUGACUGAAAAUUCGAAAUAAAUAAGUUAUUGUGUUUUUAAAAAACUAAAUUUGUGGUAGUGUAAUUUGUCCCAAAUUCAAAUAUUUUUUUCGAGGUUAAAUAUGCGGCCAUAAAUGAACCACAUUAAAAAGUAACAGAUUUUUAAUCGCCCUACAACAAGUGAUAAAAAUCUAA